CGCUCAUUCACCUGAUUUUAUCUGGUGUUUUGGCAUAUGAUGUGGAUAUAACGGACGUUUUCGGAAGUAUUUGACGCUGACGGAGUCUGACCUCCCCCGUCGGUCAGGAAGGGUCGGAUAGGCAACUGGUAGGGCAAAGAGUGCGAUAAGAAACAGCCGUAGCUAAGUAAAUUGUUCAUUCUUUUUGGCUUUCUCCAGUCAAAUGGCUUAAACUGAGCACUUAUUAGGGUAUAUUUACGAAGAAAUUUAUGAAAUAGAGGUGUGCAUUCAUGCAUUAGUAUGAUAAUUGGGUUCAGUCACGGUAAAGCCGGGAAAUAGAUCGAUGGUCGUCCAGUGUCCAAUAUCCAUCACUCAGAAAAGGAACAAACAAUUCUAGUCGGUAACGGAAUGCCAGCUCAACUUUGGCACGUCUUUAGUAAAGGUUCCUUGACCUCCACUGACCUCGCCUAUAUUCACGCCAAACGUGACGCAAAAGGUAUCGGCGAUUUCAUCGGGUGGUGGCACUGCCUGAAGAUCCCUGGGCCCGCAGCUGAUAAAAGGGAAACCAAGCGUCGUUGGUCGCCAGGAGUAUAUGAUUUUUGCAUCAUUCCCUUUGGCCGGUGUGCUGAUACCACAUUAUCUUGGUAAAGAGGGAACGUACCUCUACGCGUCUUAGCUAUAUUAAAUGUGGU